AUGAAAGCAAAUUUUUUAAUAACAACUAUUGUGAAAGAAAUCAAAGAUCCAGUUUUGAACAUUCUCCAACACUAUUUUGAAUUUGCAUCACUUGAGACAUUGUCUGACAGAGUGGGUCAAAGACAAAUUUUAACAGAUGUCAUUGGAAAACUGCAUGCAAUAGGAGAAGAAGAACAAGUAGAUGUUAAAGGAAAACCCACAAAAAUACGACGAAUGGAAUUGAUACUCAAAGAGAACAUCGUGUUGAAAGUCACGUUGUGGAGAAAUCUCUCAAGUCAGAUAAAUAAAGAAAUUACAAUACAAAUCAAGGGCCAAAAAAUAGUUGCACUCACAUCAACAUUGGUUAGUGAAUACAAAGGUCAUUAUUCGGUUAGCACAACUUCAAGUACAAAAAUCUAUAUCAAUCCAGAAACUGAAGAAUUCGCACAGCUGACUUAUGGGACUAAUCAACAUGAAGAAGUAGUGGAGAUACCAAGCCAAGACAAUGUCAACACAAAUCUUCAGAGCAGAAUGAUUAGAAAUCGAAUAACUAUUCAAGAUCUAAUGGCUAUCCAAUGGGAAUCUGAUGAUCAGGAAAAGAUCUUCACAAUUUUAGCAACUAUAAACGGAAUUGAUGACAAAUUUGGAUGGAACUAUGUUGAAUGUGAAAAGUGUCAUAAGAAAGCAUAUAAAAAAGGAGACAACUACAUCUGUGGCACAUGUAAUCAAACACCACAAUAUCCAACCAUAAGGUUCAGAAUUCAAUUAAAUGUUUCAGAUCAAAGUGCUACAGCAACUUUUGUAUUAUUUGAUGGCGAAGCAAAAAAAUUGUUGGGCACAACUGCUUCAAAUCUAAUCACACUCCAGAAAAGUAAUGAUCUUGAAGCACCACCCCAAUUGAAAAACUUGUGCAACCUCACACUUAUUUUUGAAGUCAAACUAAAUGAGUUUAAUCUCAAAGAAGGUUCUCAACAAUACACGGUUACCAAGACAUUUGUUCCAACUAAAAACACUGAACAGCAACACCCAUUACAACAAAUAAAACAGUAUACUUUAUUAACAAAACAAACAACUUAA